UUCUUAUAAUUAUCAAUUUCAUGAGCUUUGUCUUUAAUAAGUCUUAGGCGCCUUUAUUGCAAGAAAUCUGGUACAACUUCAGGACGGAAUUAUUGAGUGUAUCAAUAUCAGGAAGAACAAAACAGAAGGAACAGAAUUUAGUGUCGUCUUUAUAGGCAUCCCAGCGUGAGUUUACUACAAGUCAAAACAUAUGGAAUCGUUAAUYCUCAUGUGUUAAUAUAACCUUCACCGCCAGACAAGUCGCACGCGAAUACCUGCUUUGGUUAAACGGUCCGACUCAAGCUGGUGCACAUAAACUAAUAUGUGGAGAUAUAGUCAUUGAACGUGCAGAAGGUCGUACAACAACUCAAGGAAUGUCAGGAGUCAGAUUAAGUGACUGAUAAACAGGAAAGAAUGGUUUCAGAUCCCAUACAAUUCCAUUCUGGCCACGAGAAGGAUAUCUCACCGCUUCCAUCACCGCGUAGUCCAACACUUGGUAGUUCAGGAUUUUGUUCUUGCUCUGAUAAAAGAGGCUCAGAAAAAGGAGAAAAAGGAGAGAAGUGGAGAAAGAAUUCCCCUAAGCCUUCAAAGCGAACGAGGAAAAUUUCUCUCUUUUCACAAUUCCAUUUUAACUCCAGAUCGGAGGAUAAGCAAAGCAAAUCUCGAAAAAUCUCAUGCCCAACGAUAUCAUCUCUGAUCCAUGGCCCAUCAGGACUGCCACUGGGCUACACUGAAGAUGCUAUUUUUCCAGAUCUGAGCUCCGAUUCCUCUACCAGCAGUGUUCAAAGCCAGCAAAGUGGAUCAAGCAUUACAGCAAGGCUAAGUGUCGACAGCUCGCCAUUUCUUUCUCUGAAAAAAUCAUCAAGUACAAGCUGUAAUAAUUCAAUAGACAAAGAAAUUGCCUGUAUCAGAGACAUUAUCCUCGAGACCUUAACUCUUCAGUUUGAAAACGUGACAGAAUACRAACGCGAAGUGUGUGACAAACUUGGAAAGAAUGUAAGUGAGUUGGUCAGACGAAGGGUUGAGAUAAUGAAAGAAGCACUAUGUCAGCCUUGUAAGGUUGUAUCUCUGGUGUAUGUUGGAGCAGUCCGUGAUAAUGGCAUUGAUGCUGCAACUCAGGCUCUUCUUGAUAAUGACAAGGAUAUUUUCACCGCCGCUUGCUACCGUAAUGGGCAUAUCUUUGCAAUGUGUGCUAUCAUAGUAAUAGCACUAGACCAAAGAUAUGGCUGAAAAACUAGUGAAAUUGUUAUUCCAAUGUAGGUGACCCACUGUGUUGUGAAGGUGUGACUAGUGUCUUCUGGAUAUAUUGAACAUAAACACUGGCAUCCACAGGAACGCUGUUGAAUUUAGAAGUUCUAGAUUUCCACGUCGGUAGCAAUACCAUUUGGCUUGAUUGGAUUAUCUUACCAUCCAAUAAUUAUUUUUAAAUGAUUUUGAUACGUAAGGGUUUGGUAACCACAUGGUAAACAGUUUCUGUCAUACUAAUGGGGCCUGCAGCGCCACCAACACAGGCGACCACCUUUGAAUUCAGCUUGGGGUUUUUUACUUGUGGAUUUCCGUAAGCUACGUUAUUAUUUAACGUUUCAGAAAGGAUCGGAAGUUCAGAUCCGUUUAAAACUGGAUUAGUUACUGGUCUGGUGCAUCAUAUUGCCGACCCGGCUGGUGGCUUUAUCCAACUUAUAAAAGUAGACCUUGGUAGGAUGGGUGCAAGACCCGGUGCAAGAGUGACAUUAAAUCGACCAAUGUGACUGAAACCAAGUAUGUUCUUCUUAACGGGCGUAGAUCAAGAUCAAGUACAGUCAGUCCUACGAACAGGGAUAGCUGGAUGUGACAAAGGCCAUCAAAAAUUCUCCAAACAUCCAUAGAUAAAAACAAAAUACCCCAACUGAAUGAACCAUUUCAUGAUAGUAAUCUGUUUUGACAAAUUCCCUACAAAUUAUAGAAUUUUAAAUGCUAAGAAUACUUAGAAUUCCACCUUUGGCGGUCACCUGCAGUUUUAACGAAUACAUUUGUGUAAAGAUAAACUACUUUUAAAUUUAACUCAUUUACCCCUCAACAAUGAAAAAUACGGCCUCUCAAAAGAGGCCGACAACUGUUUUUGAAUCGGCCUGUUUCAAGUCCUAAGUUGUCUUAAAUGCUCAUGUGCUACGAGGAUAAUUUGUGGAACUUGCAUGAUGUAUAUAUACAUUUUGAUGAAGUCAUGCACUUUUCUAUGUAAUUAUACGGUUGGUAUUUUCAAGUGAAAAAAAAAAAAUACAUCGACAUGAGCCUCAUUCUCCAUAAAUGAGCAUGUGGUCAAGGAUCACAGCGUUAUUUCACGAAUUCAACAAACGAUUAUGAUAUCAGCCCUUAAAAGGUACAAAAAUGGAGAGACAUACGUUUUAGUGCAUUAACUUGAAUAGUUCUCAAGGUAAAAAUUAUCAAGUUUAUUUAAUAGGAUUCCCCACGGAUAAAUGACAUAAAAGCCAAUUAGGCGCCGAGUUAGAACGAUUACUGAUAUGGUUGAACUAAAUAUUUGGGUUAUGACUACUAUUAAACAGAAUCCUUGAAAUGUGGCAUUUAUGUCCAUUAAGAUCGAAAUUCUGCCGAAGUAAUUCAUGCUAUAUUCCAAUUGAGUGGUCGCUCAUAAAAAUGAUCAAAAUUGAGUGUACAGUACAUGCAAGGAAACGAAUUUAAACUAAUUGAAGAGUUUGGUUCAAAUGCAUGGAGCUGAAAGAAUUAUGAUAUCUUGCAUAAUAACAGUAUUGUCUGCAGUAUGUAAUAUGUAAAUAUUUAGUAAAAAUAAAAGUACAGUAAUCAUCA